CUAUGAAUUAUUGAAUUUGGAAAAUCCGUAUUGAGGAUUAUUUAUGCUCUAAAGAUUUGCUUGACCCAAUUUUGUAUAAAGAACGUCCAACAGGUGUUGAUGAGAAAGCUUGGGCGACCUUGAACCGGAAAGCUAUUGCAUCAAUCAGACAAUAUGUUUCUUUAAGUGUGUUGCAACAUGUUGUUAAUGAAACUAAUGCUUUUGAGAUGUGGAAGAAACUUGAAUCCAUGUACGAGAGGAACAAUGCUAUGGGAAAAGCUUCAUUGAUUAGGAAGCUUAUUAAAUUGCAAUACAAAGAUGGUGAUAGCAUUGUGGUUCACAUGAACGAGUUUCAAGGUGUGGUAAACCAACUAGCCGGGAUGAAAAUGAAAUUGGAGGAUGAACUUCAAGCUUUGUUGUUGCUCUCUUCAUUGCCCGACAGUUGGGAUACAUUGGUGGUCUCACUUAGCAACUCUGCUCCGGAUGGCAAGAUGACUAUGGAGAUGGUCAAGGCUAGUCUUUUGAAUGAAGGACUAGGAGAAAAGAAUCAGAAGCCGGGUCACAUUGACAAGUUCUGUAGAAAGAAAAAGAGAGAUAUGUCUAGGGAGAGAAAAGAUAAAGAUGAGAAUUCCGAGCAGAAGCCAGAAGAGAAGAACACUAUAGCCUUGGCAUAUAGUGAUGAUGACUUGUUUGUUAUCAGUGAUCAUGGACUAUUAAAUGUAGCCUGUGAUGACUGCAUGUGGGUGAUUGAUUCUGGUGCAUCUUAUCAUAUUACUUCACACAUGAAGUACUUCUCAUCUUACACUAGUGGUAACUUUGGCCAUGUGAGGAUGGGAAAUGAUGGUUCGUCCAAGAUCAUCGGUAUGGGUGAUGUUUGUUUAGAGACUUCCACUAGUUGCAGGUUGGUGCUCAGGGAUGUGAGGCACGUCCCAGAUAUCAGAUUGAGUUUGAUUUCAGCUGGUCUGCUUGAUGAUGAUAUCAGAUUGAGUUUGAUUUCAGCUGGUCUGCUUGAUGAUGAAGGUUAUGCCAACAAAUUUUGUGAAGGAAGAUGGAAACUAUCCAGGGACAGUUUGGUUAUGGCUCGAGAUCAGACUAUUGAAGAUUGUGAGAAGAAGCAGGCAAAUCCUUCUCCAUGCAUCACAGUUGAUCCAGUUCCAUCUCUUCCUCCUGUUGUAGUCCCUCAAGAUCAUGGGGGAGAUAUGCAUGAUCAUACCGUUGAGUCUCCUGCAGAUGACCAUCAUGAUGACGAUAAUCAUGGUAAACAGAAAGAACAAUGUGAUCCUGGUGGCAGAUGAGGCGAGAUUGUCGGGAUGGAUGUGACAAGUUUUGAAAUGAAUUAUGAUAUGUCAAUUUUUAAUUCACUUCCGCAAUAUUGUUGAAUACUCCGUACUGUAUAUGUUAUGAAAAAAUAUUAUUGUGAUAAAUAAAAGUGUUUGAAAAGU